AUGAAGUUCUCACACUCGCUCCAGUUCAACGCGGUCCCGGAAUGGUUGUCGCGCUACAUAGCCUACUCGCAGCUGAAACGGCUCAUAUACUCUCUGCAGAAGGAAAAGCUGUACCAGAGCAGCUCGUCUGACCCAGAGCAGGUUCCGCUCCAGCAGUCGUACACACGCAAGUUCAUCGAGGCUUUGGAUCGCGAAGUCGUCAAGAUUGACCAUUUCUACGUCCAGCAGGAGCGCAACAUCCUUGCUGCUUUCCACGAGCUACGCGAUGACAUGGCCGAGUACCAAGCCGAGAGCUCUCUUCACGAUGCUGCUAGCGGCAGAAGCAGUGCGUCUGGCGCGUCGAUCCGCCGCGCCAUGUCGUAUUCCGACGACGACGACGUCCCGGAGGAGGUCGUGUCAAGCAGAAUGGGCAACUCCGUGGGCGACAUCCUGCCGGUCGUCUCUCGAAACACGUACUACACAGGGAUUGAUCCGUUCCUGGAAAAUAUGAUCAACUUGAAAAAACGUCUGGUUGCGGAAUACACGCAACUUUGCGAGCUAAAGAGUUUCAUCGAGCUCAACCAGACUGGGUUUUCCAAGAUUUGCAAAAAAUUCGACAAGAGUCUGGGUACCAAUCUUAAAGCAGAGUAUCUUUCCUCUUUACCUUCGAAGGCGCAUGUAUUUGAACCUGAAACCAUGUCUGCGCUGGAAACUGCUAUCACUGACACGAUAGUCAUGUAUGCCAAGCUUCUAGGUAGCGGUGGAGACAGCUCCCAACAAGAUGUUAUCAACUUCCAGGAAGCUGAGCGCGAACUUUCGCUUCACUUGAGAGAACAUGUUGUCUGGGAACGGAACACAGUGUGGAAGGAUAUGAUGAAUCUAGAAAGAAAAGCUCAAAACGUGAAGACUGAAAAAAAGCUAAAGAGAAAGGCAAGUGCCAAGUUCAUGGACGACGAAGCUCUACCAUCACCUUCUCCCGAAGAACUUCCUCAGGCUACUUUGACGGAUGCCCUCCAUUUUACACCAGCCCAUUAUCUCAAAUUGCUUCUCAGAUCCACGGGCUUAUUGAGAUUUUUGUUCAUCACUUUGUUCUUUUUGAUCUUGCUUUUCUUCUCACCCAUUGAUGACGUUCUUCAAAAAAACUGUUUUGCCAUCUUGGUGUAUGCAUCUUUACUCUGGGCUACUGAAACCAUUCCACUUUUUGUCACCUCCUUAAUUGUACCUCUCUUGAUCGUUGUACUGCCGGUUUUGAAAGAUGGUGACGGUGUCGCGAUGAGCCCCCCUCAGGCCUCCCAAUAUAUUCUUUCGACUAUGUGGUCUAGUGUGAUCAUGUUACUUUUAGGUGGUUUUACUUUGGCUGCAGCUUUGUCAAAAUACAACGUUGCCAAAGUUAUUUCAACUCACAUUUUAUCUUCCGCUGGAACCAACCCCAAAACGAUUUUACUUACGAACAUGGCUGUGGCGCUCUUUGUUUCAAUGUGGGUGUCAAACGUAGCUGCUCCUGUCUUGUGCUACUCAAUUAUCCAACCUUUACUACGUACAUUGCCAAAGAGAAGCUCGUUUGCGAAAUCGUUAAUCAUGGGGAUUGCUCUUGCAUCUAACGUCGGAGGGAUGGCGUCCCCCAUCGCCUCUCCACAAAACAUCAUAUCCAUCGGAAUGAUGGACCCGCAACCAUCCUGGGCUCAAUGGUUUAUAGUCGCACUGCCUCUUUGUGGUAUGUGUGUUUUGGCGAUAUGGUUGCUCCUUCUUGUUACUUUCCCGGUCGAAAAGAACUUGAAGAUUUUGCAAUUGCAUCCAAUCAAAGAUCCAUUCACGGUAGAACAAUGGUUCGUCACUCUGUGUACGGUGGGCACAAUUGUAUUAUGGUGUUUGGCAAACCAGCUCUCCGGGGUUUUUGGUGAAAUGGGUAUAAUUUCUAUCAUCCCAAUUGUUGUUUUAUUCGGCUCCGGUAUGCUAAGUUCCGGCGAUUUCAAUAAUUUUAUGUGGACAAUUGUUGUUCUUGCCAUGGGUGGUACUACGUUGGGUAAAGCAGUUUCAUCAUCGGGCCUAUUAUCUGCAAUUGCUACGAUAAUCAAAGAACAAGUCGAAGACAAGCCCAUUUUCGUAAUUGUUCUUAUCUUUGGUAUUGUUAUCUUGACAAUGGCUACUUUUGUCUCUCACACAGUCGCUGCGAUGAUUAUUGUUCCACUAAUGAGUGAAAUUGGUAGCAAUCUACCCGAUGGCGACCACUCUAGACUAUUAAUCAUGAUGGCCGCAUUCCUAUGUUCGUGCGCAAUGGGAUUGCCUACCUCGGGGUUCCCUAACGUUACAGCAAUAUCCAUGAUAGACGAAGUUGGUGAUAGAUACCUGACUGUAGGUAACUUCAUUACUCGAGGCAUCCCUGCAAGUUUAAUUGCCUACAUUUUCAUUGUGACUGUUGGCUAUGGUUUAAUGAAAGUAAUCGGCUAUUAA